GGCAGAACACUGUGAAGCACAGUUCAACUGACCCUCAGCAACGGUUCAGUUCCCCAGCGUCCAGCCUGAACCUGAAUGGGGCAUAGAUGUCGGUCCUCUAAAUGUCCUUGAAGGUGAAAAGGCUGUAUCUAACCUGAAAGGAUGGAAGGUGGCAGGACCUGGCAGUUCGCUGCGCGAAGUUUUCGAGGAUGGAGGUGGAAAAUUGCUAAUCAAAGUGACAGGUAGUAGGUAGUGUAUGGAAAUCGGCCUGCUUCACUAGUCAUUCCAGUCCAUGAAAAUGGAGAGAAGUCCCCUUGUGACAACUAUAGGGGAAAUAGUUUGAUUAACGUUGUGUCCAAAAUUUUGGGGUUUAUAGUUACCCGACGCCUAAGUGGAGCUGGAGAACAGCAAACCCAAGAAAAUCACCCAGGUUUCACACCUGGACGAGGAUGCGUUGGAUAUAUCUUCAUCCUUCGACAGGUUCUGGAACACGGGCAUACUAACCGGUGGCUGACACUUGCCAAAUUUCUUGACCUGAAGGUGGCAUUCGGUUCUGUUAACCGUUGAGUGUAAACUGAAAGAUUUGUCCGGAACUCCAACCGUAAUUUUUACCAGUCUAUGGGCCAAAAACAACCGAAACUGAAGCAAGAUGCUGUCGAGGAAUUACUGAAUCAAACAUCGUUUACAGAAACGGAGAUUCAAGACUGGUACAAGGGGUUUUUAAAGGAAUGCCCAACUGGUCAUCUAUCCAUAGAUGAUUUUAAACGUGUUUAUACAAAGUUUUUCCCGUAUGGUGAAUCAGCUCGAUUCGCAGAAUAUGUCUUCCGUACAUUUGAUCGAAAUCGUGAUGGGCUGGUUGAUUUUAGAGAUUUCCUGUCCUCAUUAAAUGUAACAAAUCAUGGUGAUUUAUCCCAAAAGUUACGUUGGGCUUUCACAAUGUAUGAUUUAGACAAUGAUGGGUAUAUCUCUAAGCAGGAUUUGAUCGAAGUGUUAUCGGCUAUAUAUUCUAUGAUUGGAUCAGCUGUUGAAUUUACUGACUCUGAGGCUACACCAGAACGGCGUACAGAGAAGAUAUUUCAACUUAUGGAUUUAGAUGGUGAUGAUCGUCUUUCAUUAGAUGAAUUUAUAAAUGGUGUACAAUGUGAUAAAUUAUUAAUACAAUUACUUACCUUAAACACAUAUCCACCACAUUGUUAUUAUCAGAAUCAAAAUGUGUAUUAUUCUGAUUUUCAUACUGGAUCGAAUGAUAAUAAAUUCUCUUCAACUGGAAAUACUUAUCAACUUGAUGAUUGUACAAAUAGAACAAUAAAUGAUCAAUCAGUUUCAAAACAACAUAAUAUUAUAUCUGAUACAUCAGAAUCAUAAAAUUUCAUUAUUUCUUUUAUCUAUUCAUCAUUUGUAAAGAUCUCAUUGUCGAAUCAUGCACAGAUGCAUCAAAGUUUCUGUGUUAUAUCAGUGUGAAAUGCCUCAAUCACUUCGCUUUCAUAUGUUCAAAACCUCUUCUUUAUGCGAUCAAUUAUCUAAGUAUCUUUAAUCUCAUACUAAACUAACUGUUAAUCUUUCCAUGAAAUUUAAUUUGUGUUGCUUUGUUUCCUUUCUUUUUUUAUUUUUCUUCUUUGAAUCUAAUCGAUUCCUUGGAAGGAGUAGAGAAAACAAAAUACCACAUAUCUCUUUUAUAUCAUCCAGGAAUUAAUUCAUUCUUUUUAUUGAUUAUUUUUCCUUUCUUAGUUUUUUUUUCGUUUUUAUUGUUUUCUAUGCCUAGUUCCAUCUUUUUGUUGUUGUUGUUAUUGUGUUGUUGUUUUUGUUUUUUUUUUAAAUAUGCUUGUCAUAUCAUAAUUUUGACUAAGUUUAAAGCCAUUCCGUUAAUUUCAAAAAAGUAUACUUUAGCAAUGAACUAUCGCAGCUAAACAUGUAAAUAUUGUACAUUGAUCUGUGGACAUAUAAAGAAUAUGGUGUUGAACUUGUUCUUUUCCGGUGCUUUUUUGUUCAAUUGAAUAUUAUUUCUAUGGUAUACAUACAAGUAUGAAUCUUUUAUCGAUUAUGCAAUAUUUCAUGACUGUUAUUUAAUCACAUAAGUGAGUAUUUGUCUCUAUUCUAAAAAAAUUGUUGAUUAUUUCCGCUGAAAUCAUUGAAAAAUUCAUCUGAAGCAAAUCAAUUAUAAAAAUUGAAUGGUUUCUCA